ACUGCAAGAGUUAACUGGAAUAGCCAAAUAUUUUCUCCGACUUGUGUACGUGUUUAAAGCAAGAUGACAGCCCUGUUGAUUGUGUUGGUGGUCGGAUUUUUUGCCGCUGCCCUGGGACAGACCGGCACUUGUCCCGGGCCGUGUCCGGAUAUCCUCCUCCCCGUCUGUGGGACGGACAACCAGACCUACCCCAACUCCUGCGACCUCCGGAACUCCAACUGCGACCGGCCUGACGUCACCGUGGCCUACGAAGGCCAGUGCCUGAAGUGCUACGUUCAGGACUGGAUCCCACCCUGCCCCAGCCGCGCCUGUUUCAGGAUCUACCUACCCGUCUGCGGCAGUGACGGCGUGACCUACGCCAACUCCUGCGAGUUUCAUGCGGACAACUGCGCCCGUUCGCCCCAAGAGAAAGUGAGACCGGUUUACUGUGGAAGGUGUAAGAGAGAAAGUUAACCUGACGACAACAGCCUUCUGAUAUAAUCUCAUGUCAAGAUUUUUUAUAUAAUCUCAUGUCAAGAUUUUUUAUAUAAUCUCAUGUCAAGAUUUUUUAUCUAAUCUCAUGUCAAGAUUUUAGGUAUAAUCUCAUGUCGAGAUUUCAGAUUUGAAAAUUGGGAUUAAAUUAAAUGAAAAAAAAAACGUUUGAAUAUUUUCAUCAUUCAACUCGAAAACAGAGUUGUUUUAUUUUUUUUUUUUAA